AUGAAACUCAUCUUCUCACUUGCUAUUAUUCUCCUAAUAUUCUUGACAAUCUCUGAAGCUUGCCAUCCAUCGAAAAGUGCGUCGAGUAGAACAACAACUUCAGCGCCAACAACAACAUCUACUGAAGCUUCAACUACAACUUCAGCGGAUGCUUCGGAAACUACUACGACGACAACUGAAGCCACAGCAACUAUUAUUUCGGGAAGUGUUAGUGUUAGUGGAAGGAAAAAGUGA